UGGGUUUGGAUUCAUGAGGUUUGAAAUUGUUUCAUGUUCGUCCGAUCACUUGCUUUCCUUCCAUGAUGGGAUGUUAGUAGCAAUCUAGAACAUCUCAUUACUGGGGUGGAAAAGAAAACAAUGUAAAACACCCAGAAAUAAACCCUCUCCCUUUUUCGAUAAUAGAAAUAAACCCUCCGUCACACCCUCGUCGCCGGAGGAGAAGAAACCAAACGCCAUGGCCGCCCCCCUCCGCUACUUCCCAUUCCGCGACCUCUCCGCCACCCACCUCGCCGGAAACCAUAGCCUCCCUGUCCAAAACCCCCUCCUGCCGGCCAUCUCCCUCCCAUCCUCCUCCCGCCUCUUCUCCUCCUCAGACGCCGCCGCCCCUUUCCUCCUCGCCCUCCGCUCCUCGAAACCUAACCUCUGCCGCGCCUUCCCCUCCUCCGAUUCCUUUGAUCUCGGCGGGGGAGGCGGCAAGGGAAAACACCCCGGGGGCGGUGGAGGCGGCGGAGGCGAUGGCUUCCCCGAGGAGCCCUCCGAUGGGGCGGCCGGCCCCCUCGCGCUCUUUCUCAGUGGAUGGAGAUCGCGGGUCGCCGCCGACCCCCAAUUCCCCUUCAAGGUCCUCAUGGAGGAGGUCAUCGGGGUGAGCGCCUGCGUCCUGGGUGACAUGGCCUCGCGCCCAAACUUCGGCCUCAACGAGCUCGACUUCGUCUUCUCCACCCUCGUCGUGGGAUCCAUCCUCAAUUUCGUCCUCAUGUACCUCCUCGCCCCCACCUCUGCCUCCGCCGCGGCCACCCUCCCCGGCGUCUUCGCCGCCUGCCCUCCCGGCCACAUGUUCGAGGCCGGCCCCUACUCUCUCCCCGCCCGGCUGGGCACUUUUGUCUACAAAGGUGUCACCUUUGCCGCCGUCGGGUUUGCCGCCGGGCUCGCCGGGACGGCAAUUUCGAAUGGGCUUAUCGCAUUGAGGAAAAAAAUGGAUCCUGAGUUUGAAACACCAAACAAGCCGCCGCCUACGGUGUUAAAUGCGCUGACAUGGGCGUUGCACAUGGGUCUCAGCAGCAAUUUCCGGUACCAGACUUUGAAUGGGGGGGAGUUUUUGAUGGCGAAGGUGCUGCCGCCAGCCGCUUUUAAGGUGUCGGUGGUGGCGCUGAGGUGCAUGAACAAUGUCUUGGGUGGGGCGUCGUUUGUGCUGCUGGCGAGGCUGACGGGAUCGCAGAAGGGAAAGGAGGAGGAGAAGGGGGAGGAGAAGAGAAGGCUGAUGAGGAAUGAGGCAAGUAAGUGAAUUCCUGCUACUGUUUCUAACUUAUCCUUUUCCUAAAAGGAUGGGAAAGAAAGUAGAAUACAUUUAAAAAUAAAUAAAGAGAUUUUGUUGAAGGAAUGGUCCGAGUUUGGUGUAACCUAUAACCUUCAUUUCAGAACAAUGAAUAGCUUGGGGAUUUUAACCCCUCCUUCUGUUCAUCGAUGCAGGGUUUUUUUUUUAUUAGGACAUAAUUCAUGAGAACAUAAUAUUAUUUACUGUUCUGCAUUAUGUCUGUCAGCAAUCAAUGCAUGAUUUCUUUUGGGUCCAAA